AUGACCAGGAAUCAAAGAGAUAAAAUUAAUGGAGGAGAUCAAGAAACUAGCCCAUGGGGCAUUGGAAGAAUUAUCUUUAUGUAUAUUGAAACCAAGAUUCUUGCUGUCUCUCACUAUGUCCUUGUUUUAAACUGCCAUAUUCAAAUUUUGCUUCUCAUUUCUCUAAAUCAACUUUUACAUGCUGUCCACAGGAACCAAGGAAAUCCAAGUGCUGGAGUCACCUUCAUUCUCUUGGGCUUCUCAGAAUAUCUGGAGCUCCAGCUGCCCCUCUUCCUGGGGUUCCUGACCAUUUACAUGGUCACUGUGCUGGAGAACCUGGGCAUGGUCCUGAUUAUCAAGGUCAGCCCCAGACUCCACACCCCCAUGUACUUCUUCCUCAGCCACUUGUCCUUUGUUGAUUUCUGUUUCUCGAUAGUAGUGACACCCAAUCUCCUGGAAAACUUGGUUGUGGAAGACAAAACCAUCUCUUUCACAGGAUGCAUCAUGCAGUUGUUCUUUGCCUGCAUAUUUGUGGUAACAGAAACAUUUCUGUUGACAGUGAUGGCCUAUGACCACUUUGUGGCAAUUUGUAAGCCUCUUCUCUACACAGUUUUAAUGUCCCAGAAGCUUUGUUCCUUAUUGGUGGGUGCAACAUGCUCUUGGGGUACAGUCUGUUCCCUGACUCUUACCUACUUUCUAUCAGAGUUGUCUUUUGGAAGAAAUAAGAUCAUAAAUAACUUUUUCUGUGAGCCUGCUGGCAUUGUUGCUGUUUCCUGCUCUGACACCUGCAUUAGCCAGAAGAUCACUGUAGUCUCUGCCACAUUCAAUGAAAUAAGGAGCCUGAUCAUCAUUCUUGCUUCCUAUGUUUUCAUUUUCAUCACUGUCAUGAGGAUGUCUUCUACUGGGAGGUGCCACAAAGCCUUCUCCACAUGUGCCUCCCACCUGACUGCUAUUACCAUCUUCCAUGGGAGCAUCCUUUUCCUCUACUGUGUUCCUGACUCCAAAAGUUCAUGGCUCAUGGUCAGGGUGGGCUCUGUCUCCUACACAGUGGUCAUUCCAAUGCUGAACCUACUAAUUUAUAGCAUCAGGAACAAAGAUGUGAAACAGAGUGUUAGGAAUUUAGCCAUUAUCAAAUUCUUGUAUCAAUGA